UCUCAAGUCCCACACGGAACUGCAUGGAACAUGCGCAUAUUCAUGUCAAGUGUAGUGCGAGGGGAAUAAUAUUUUGGCUUUCGGGGGCCUAAAAUUAAUUAAAAUGCAUAAACUGAAGUUCUCACAACGAGACAAAGUAAAGAAAUUUAUCACCUUCACUCAAACUGGAGAACAGACGGCGAUAUAUUGCCUAACACAAAAUGACUGGAAAUUGGACUUAGCCAGUGAUAAUUACUUUCAGAAUCCUGAAGCGUAUUACAAGGAACCGAAGAGCUCGGUCGAUAAAAAAAAAUUAGAAGUCCUCUUUAGCCGAUAUCAAGAUCCAAAUGAACCAGACAAAAUUAUGGCAGAUGGUAUCAUGAAAUUUUUAGAUGAUUUAGGCUUAAGUCCCGAGAGCAAGUUAGUGUUAAUAAUAGCAUGGAAAUUCCGAGCAGAAACACAGUGUGAAUUCACAAAAGACGAGUUCAUGACUGGCAUGGUAGACUUGGGAGUGGAUAGUAUAGACAAAUUAAAAGCACGAUUAAAUAGUCUAGAGGGUGAACUGAGAGACCCUCAAAAAUUUAAAGAUUUUUAUCACUUUACGUUCAAUUAUGCAAAAAAUCCUGGACAAAAAGGAUUAGAACUUGACAUGGCAAUCGCUUAUUGGAAUAUUGUACUAGAUGAUAAAUUCAAAUUUUUACAAUUAUGGUGUCAGUUUCUCCAGGAGCAUCACAAAAGAUCAAUUCCAAAAGACACGUGGAAUUUGCUCCUAGAUUUUGCUUUGAUGAUAAAUCCUGAAAUGAGUAACUACGAUGAAGAGGGCGCAUGGCCUGUACUAAUCGAUGAUUUUGUGGAAUGGGCUCAACCACAGGUUCGCCAAUCUCUCCAACGUACCUUUAACCGAUCGUAAUUUCCCCUCAUGAGAAUAUUAUUUAUUCACGUUGCAAGAUCGCAAAUACUCUGCGAGUGAUUUUCCUUCUAAAGCCAAUGUUUAAUUUGGUUUAGUAGGAGCUGUGACGUGUCACUUUGUACGCAACGACUCUUUAGUUAUUAGCAAAUUGUUAUUGCUCGCUAAAGACAACCAACAAAUUUUACAUACGAUACCGUUGAUUUGCUUAAAAGGAAGUUUCGCCACUUAAGUACUGACAGAUGACGGCAUAAAUAUGAGUUUUAUUUAAUAAACUACUAUAUUUUAUUUUGAAGUAGCACAAUAAUUCGUUGCGUAUAAAGGAGUUUUCUGGGAAAACAACCUGAAUCUAAAAACGUUGCUCCGUAACCAUAGGUGUACUGAGAACAUUGUUAAAGGCGGAGAGAGGACGUAAAUCACAUUUCCCAUAAUUUCGGAUUGUUCAAACGGUGAGAAGAAAAUUUCUACAUAAAAUUAAUAUAAACGUUUCUGUAGAUAGUAACUGCUAGAGAUUAUUUUGUUGGAAAUCGUUACUGAAAAAAUGAGCACUAAAAUAUUACACUUGUAAAAUACAAACAAAUGAAAGAAAAAGAAAGCUCAUUGUUUUAAUUACAAUUAUGAUGAGCACCUUAUUUCGUCAUUUUUUAUUGUCUGGAGAGUGACAACGGCGAAAGAGAAAGGUUUGUUUUCACUUAUACAUUAUAGAAUAUUCGUAUUUAUAUUGUAAUUCCCAGAAGUUAGAGACCAUAGGUAAAAUAAAUUAAGUUUUUUUACAAAUAUAUCUUUCGAGUUUUAUUUCUGGUCGUUAUAGAUUCUAACAUGUAUACACUUUAUUAUCAAACUCUUAUAAGUGUUCUGUUUUGCCUAUUCAAUUGUAUCGUGUUGCGAUUAGUGGUUAAUGAAAAAUGAUGUACCAUACAUGACUUAUCGGUUGAUGACAAGAAAAGGAUAAGCAAAUAAGAAACAUUUUACUGUAUGUACAACUGUCAUCGAGUCUAGGGAAAAACCGAUUAUCAAAUUUUUAUCGUUUAAGGAAAAUGAUUCGAAACUUUCACAAGAAGAUAUUUAAGAAGUAUGAAGUAUCUUAACGAAAGAAAAUAUUUCGCCCCUACAAUACGUUUUAUUAGAUAAACACAAAAUGUAGUUUCACACGUAUAACAAGAAUAUAGUGAAAUGCUGCUGCGAAACAAAGCAUCACUGUUCACUAAACGAAGUAUUUAAAGAAGAAUUCUUUAUAUUUUAUUAUAAAAAAAGCUGAUUGAAAAUCGUUGAAAAAUGUAAUUCCUAGGCAAUAUAUUUAUCUUAAGGUACGGGUUCAAAUGUGACAUUAUCAAAAGAUUUAAACAGCGCAUACUUUCUACUUGAUUUUAAGAAUGGCAGAUAUUUUUUCGAAAGUUCACACCUUCAGAAUUGCGUGCACUAUAAAUAGACAUUUAAGAACUCUAGAAGAGGCUGUAUAUUAUGUAAAUAAAAGAUGUCAUGAUAUUACAUAUACACUUGGCUGGUUCGAAUAAAAAAAAGAAAAAAACGGUGACAAA